UUUCUUUUUUAUCAAAAAUGGUUGCGCUUCCGGCUGUCAUUGUGGCAUUAUUGACUAGCCGCUGCGAGAUCGCAGUCUAUCCUCAUCGUGUGUUUUUCUGUGUUGUUUAACAAAUAUCAAUUUUGAAUUGUUAAUUGACAGAAAGGUCUUGUAUGAUGGCGCUGUUUAUUCUGUACGAACACGCCGCUGGUUAUGCCGUGUUUAGCGUCAAGGAAUUUGAAGAGAUUUCCAUGCUGCUGCCCCAAGUAGAACAAUCUGUGACAGAUAUAUCUCGUUUCAAUUCCAUUGUUAAGUUAAUUGGAUUUUCUCCUUUCAAAACUGCUGUCGCAGCUUUGGAAAAUGUGAAUGCUAUAUCGGAAGGCAUCGUUCCCGAUGACUUGUCGGUAUUUCUAGACAGUGUGCUACCUAAACAGUCGAAAUCGAAUAAAUUCACGCUUGGCGUUGCUGACCCGAAGUUAGGUGCUGCUCUUGCUGAAGCCACAGGCAUCCAGUGUUCUCACAUUGGAGCAGUUCCGGAAGUACUGAGAGGAAUUCGUCAUCAUUUUCCCAAACUUGUCAAGGGAUUUUCUGACAAGAGUGCUGGUAUAGCUCAGCUGGGUCUCGGCCACAGUUACUCGCGUUGUAAAGUCAAAUUCAAUGUUCACCGUUCCGACAACAUGAUUAUACAGUCGAUCGCCUUGUUAGACCAGCUGGAUAAAGAUAUUAACACAUUUUCUAUGAGAAUCCGAGAAUGGUAUUCUUAUCACUUCCCAGAGCUGGUCAAGAUUGUUCCCGAUAAUUAUUUAUUUGCAAAAGUAGCCCAUUAUAUAAAAGACCGCAAAUCUCUGAAUCAGGAAAGUUUGGAAGGCCUAGAGGAGAUUGUAAUGGACUCGGAGAAAGCCCAGGCUAUCAUAGACGCAUCCAAAAUGUCUAUGGGGAUGGAUAUUUCGGUAAUCGAUUUGUUAAACAUAGAAAUGUUCGCCAAACGAGUUGUCCACCUGUCAGAAUACCGGCAGCAAUUGGCAGAAUAUUUACACUCGAAAAUGACCAAUGUAGCCCCCAAUCUGCAGUCGCUGAUUGGAGAUCAAGUUGGAGCCAGGCUUAUUUCGAAAGCAGGUAGCCUUACGAACCUCGCCAAGUAUCCUGCAUCGACGGUACAAAUUUUGGGCGCAGAGAAAGCCUUGUUCCGUGCUUUGAAGACCAAAAGCAAUACCCCCAAAUACGGCCUUUUAUUCAACUCUUCAUUUAUUGGAAGAGCCAAUGCUAAAAACAAGGGUCGCAUUUCACGCUUUCUGGCAAACAAGUGCUCAAUUGCGUCCAGGAUCGAUUGUUUUACCGAAAAUCCCAAUAACGUUUUCGGUGAAGCACUCAAACAGCAAGUUGAAGACCGUCUGAAAUUCUACGAAUCUGGCGAGACGCCACGGAAGAACUUAGAGGUGAUGAAGGAGGCAAUAGAAGCUGCUGCCCAAAUCAGUAGUGUCGAACAGCAGAUUGCCAAAAAAAAGAAGAAAAACAAGAAACGCAAACAUGAGGGUGAAAAUACUAAUGGAGAUGCAAACGAAACACUAGAUACAUCCGCCAAUGGCAACAGUACUCUUGCUGAAGCAGAACCAGAGGCAGAUGGCGAACCUAAGAAAAAGAAAAAGAAGAAGAAAAACAAGAAAGAAGUCGAAAACUAAAAAAAUCUUCAACAGUUUAUUAUAGUUUAGUCCUAUUCCGAUUAUAAGACGUUUAUAUAUAAAUUUUCUUCAUUUCUCAAUAAACUACUAAAAAUGAU